UAUGAGCACUUCCGAAAGCCAAGCUGAAAGGUCUCUCUCUCUCUCUCUCUCCGAUCGCUUCUCAAAGCCAAAUCUCACAUUUUCCGAGGGACGACUGAAAGAUCCGACAAGGUUCAACGCCGGAAGUUGCAGAGCUCGGUGCCUAUUUGCCGUCGAGAUUUGCCGGCAAUGUGUAAGUUCCGGUCUCUCGUUUUCUUUUUGCUUCUUUGCUCGUCGGCUGCCUUGGCUGCUGCUCAAGGAUCUAGCAAUGGAAGCAGAGCCAGCUCGUGGAACACACUAGACGGAAAUGAACCUUUGGUCAUAGCACGUGGUGGCUUUUCAGGGCUAUUUCCUGAUUCAAGUUCUCUUGCGUACCAGUUUGCUGGAACUGUUAGUUUACCCAAUGUGAUCUACUGGUGUGACGUGCAAUUGACAAAAGAUGGAGCUGGGAUUUGUUCUCCAGAUCUCAAUCUUGAGAGUUGGACCAACAUUGCAUUAGUUUUCCAAGAUAAGAGUAACACUUACCCUGUUAAUGGGGUAUCCAUGCAAGGGUAUUUUUCAGUGGAUUUCACCCUCAAUGACUUGGCGUCCGUCUAUUUAAUUCAGGGAAUUUUUUCCCGAUCUCCUUUGUUUGACAACAUUCCAAAUCAAAUUCUUAUUGUUGAAGAUAUGGUUACAUUCAAGCCACCUGGGUUAUGGUUGAAUAUUCAGCAUGAUGCAUUCUUCAGUCAGCGAAACUUGAGUAUGAGAAGCUAUGUCCUUUCUGUAUUUAGAAGUACUAUAGUUGAUUAUAUCUCUUCACCAGAGGUGAACUUCCUGAGGAGUAUAUUGUCUCGCAAACCACCCAAAACAAAACUCAUUUUCCGGUUUCUGGGGAAGGAUGUAUUUGAGCCUGCUCUUAACCAAACAUAUGGUUCUCUGUUAAGUAAUCUCACAUUUAUCAAGACAUUUGCUUCUGGAAUUCUUGUUCCGAAGAAUUAUAUAUGGCCUGUAGAUGCAAGUCUAUAUUUACAGCCAUAUACCUCAGUUGUUUUUGAUGCUCACAAAGAAGGUCUUGAAGUUUUUGCAUCAGAUUUCUCCAAUGACAUUCCUUUUGCCUACAACUACAGUUUUAAUCCUGUAGCUGAGUGUCUUUCAUUUAUUGACAAUGGAAAAUUCUCUGUGGAUGGCUUGAUUUCCGACUUUCCAAUAACACCAUCAGAGGCCAUAGGCUGUUUCUCUCACAUUGGCAGAAAUGAUACGGGACAAGAAAAACCUUUGGUUAUCUCAUCCCAAGGAUCAAGUGGAGACUUUCCUGGCUGUACUGAUUUGGCUUAUCAGAAGGCCAUCUCAGAUGGAGUAGAUGUACUUGACUGUCCUGUUCAAAUGACGAGCAAUGGGAUACCAAUUUGCUUGGGCUCUAUUAAUCUUAUAAAUAGCACAACGGUUAUUCAAAGUUUCAGCAACCUUUCAACAACUAUUCCUGAACUUGGAAUCGUAAAUGGAAUAUUUACCUUCAACCUCACAUGGAGUCAGAUUCAGAGUUUGAAACCUGUAAUAUCAAACCCAUUUCCAAACUCCAAUUUGCCUCGGGAUCCUAAAUUCAGAAAUGCUGGAAAGUUUAUGACACUGUCUGAGUUUCUGGACCUUGCAAACAACGCGAGUUCUGUUACGGGUGUGUUGAUAAGUAUAGAGGAUGCAGCUUACCUAGCGGAGAAGCAGGGAUUAGGUGUAACUGAUGCAGUACUUGAUACCUUAAGAAAUUUUACUCGUGAUAAGCAGGCAGUCAAGAAAGUAAUGAUUCAGUCCUCCGACAGUUCAGUUCUGACCAAGUUUAAGAAGGAAAGCAGUUAUGAGCUUGUGUAUAAGGUUGAUGAAAAUAUUCGUGAUGCCGAUAAUGAAUCCAUUACUACAAUCAAGAACUUUGCCAAUUCUGUGGUUGUCAGCAAGGCAUCUGUCUUUCCACAGAAUCAGGGAUUUAUCACUGGCAUGACCGAUGUUGUAAAUAAGCUACAUGCAUUCAAGCUCCCAGUGUAUGUGGAACUGUUCAGAAAUGAGUUUCUAUCUCAAGCUUGGGACUUUUUGUCGGAUGCAAAUGUGGAGAUCAACACUUACGUCCAGUCUGUUAACAUUGACGGCAUUGUAACAGAGUUUCCUGGGACGGCUGCUAAAUACAAAAGGAACAAAUGUUUAGGACUUGGCAACAAUAUGCCAUCUUACAUGCUGCCUGUGGAGCCUGGACUCUUCCACGUGAUACCUCCUAAGUUCAUGCCACCAGCUGAAGCCCCAAACCCUAUACUGAAGGAAUCCGAUGUGCUUGAGCCGCCUCUGCCUCCUGUCGUGGCGAAAACCCCGACCUCAGACACCGGCAAUGGAACUACGGCUCCGGGUCCAUCCGCAAGAAACGGGCAGCAUAAACUUGUCGCGUGGACGUUCCUGUCCUAUCUGACCCUCGUCGCCACACUUUCCCUAUUCUGAAAUUCAUGACGCGAAGAGAAUCUUGGUACCCAUUUUUUUUUUUUUAUUUUUUUAUUUUGUUGCUCCGCAUGACGACCUGACUAAAUGAGCCUUGAGCCUUCUUUUUUAUUUUUUUUUGUUUCUUCUUCUUCUUCUUGAACUGCAGCAGAUCCCUUGAUUUGUCUCCGUCCUUCCCACAUUGUAGGUAUGUAUUAUGUUCAUUCCGCCGAGUAUACCAAACAUGGAUCUUGAAUUCUUGUAUCUAUUACAAAUAUUCUUUCGGUUUGUAUCCACAAAAACUGCAUCUGGCAUCUGCAUGCUAACCCAGCUUGCUUCUUUGUUUAA